AUGGCGGAGGCGGCGGCCGCGGAGCUGCCGGCCUUGCCCGAUUCGGUGCUGCUGCAGGUCCUGGCGCUGCUGCCGCUGCGGGACCGGCUGCGAGCGGCCAGGGUCUGCCGGCGGUGGCGGCGGCUGGCGCUGGACCGGACGGUCUGGAGACAUGUGGAUCUGAGCCCGCACCGGAUCAGCUCCCAGACCCUGUGGCACCUGGUGCGGCAGCAUCUCCGCGACAGCCUGCGGACGCUGCGGCUGCGGGGCGCGCUCCGCUCCGGCGGCAAGCGACGGCUCCUCUCCCCCGCGCUGCUGGCUGCCCUGGAGAAGCGAUGUCCCCAGCUCCGCCGCCUGUGCUUGGCCGAGACGGACCUCCGCCCCAUCCCCUACGAGAGCAUCCCCCCUUCCCUCACGGCGCUGGAGCUGAGUCACUGCGAAAUCCCCGCCGCCUGGUUCUGCGGCCCCUCCGCGAGGGCCUCGCUCCAGCUGCAGCACCUCGUUAUCCGCAACGUCCCUGCCUUUUCCGAUCGCCAUCUGCUGAACGUCUCCUCCCAGAGCCGCCUGAAGACGCUGAGCCUUUCUGGCACCUACCGCCUAACCGAUACGGGGAUUCAGAGAGCGGCUCCACACUUGGAGAAGCUGGAGCGCCUCGUGCUGCGCCACUGCGUCAUCAGCGACUCCGCUGUGGACUUCAUCGGGCGCCACGUGAAACGUCUUCGCUUCCUGGAGAUCAGCAGCGCUUAUUCCCUGACAAACGCGGGUCUGGCUUCUUUAGCCACCCUGCAGCGCCUGGAGACGCUGUGCCUCGACCUCUGCGAUAAGAUUUCCCCCAGUGCCCUUAUUGCUUUGUGCCAAGCGCUGCCCCAGCUCAGGAACCUCAAAUUAGGCGGGGUUCGAUCUGAAGACCAAGUAAUCGAUAAAAUUCAGGCGAGUUUGCCCCACUGUAGUGUUUCACAUACCCCUUGACACACAGCCUGAAGCAGCAGGGCUUUUCUUACUCAUUUUUAUGCCCCAAGUGCUCCUUUUUGGGUAAAGGCUGUUUUCCUGGGAGCUGCUGCACGUAUUUUUGGGACACAAUUUUUGUUGGGGCUAAAAUGGCAAGCGUGUCAUGUAAAAUCAUUUGUCGGGAACUUGCUUUUGGUAGGAUCCCCCCUUUUCCGUGGAUUGGGGGAAUAGGAAAGCCGGGGAGCGCCCAGCCUUUGGGAACCCUACUGAUGAGCUGGCCAAAGACUGGCUGAGGUUAUGAGUUUAUACUCCGCCUGCUCCUUUUCUCCCCGCCGCCAAAUGUCAGGGCAGCAGCUUAACGAGCGCAGAAUUCAAGGAGCAAAGUGUGGCACCCUCCUGCCGCUGGGAAAAAAAAACCAAAAAGAGAUCCGGCAGCCCAAACCCCAGACUUCCAGUUAAUAUCUAACUAAUGUAAUAUUGCUUAACCACCCUGCACGUACACUCCAAACUCUGCCGGGGAAGAAAUACCUCAGCGACACAUGUCAGAGCUGCCUUUUUCUUGGAAGACCUCAGGUGAUCCACCCAGACAGCGUUUUCGAGUCCGGGAUGUCGUCUUGCUUCUACUUUCCUUCAAAUUCAGUUCUUCUAGUUACUCCUCAGGAAGGUUUUGGUCGCAGGGGCUUCCUGAACGCCUGGUUCCAAGAGCCACACGUCCCGUUUGUGCAGCGAACGAGCUGGCACGUGCUCUCAGGCAUCGCCAGGAGCUGCUGUUACCUCUGGCUUUUGCUGGGACCGGCUGACGU